GGCUCGCCCAGCACCACCCAGCGCCACCCAGCUCAGCCAGUAACCAGCUCCGCCCAGCCCAACCGACUCCGUCCGCCCCGUCCAAGCCCCCGCAACCCACACGCGCAGGAUGGACAGCACCACCGCCACCAGUGACAACGACCAAAACCUGUAUUCGCCCCGGCGGUGGCUGUCCUUCAAAAACCGCUUUCCGCCGCGGCGGUCGCGGCUGUCCUUCCUCAUUCCCCACAGGGUGGGCCCGCUCGAUGUGGCGGGUGGUGAUGGCGAUGACGACCUGAAGGGGGUAGGCAAGGAGGAGGCCAAGGGUAGGGUUUCGGUUGGUGGUGGGGUUCCGGUGGAUGGUGAGGUUCCGGUGGGUAGUGAGGAAGGGUACGAGACACCGCUCUUCCACCAGCUGAGGGAUGGCAUGUAUGAACACCUCUCCGGCCAAAAGCCGCCCUUCGCGCGGUGCCCCAUCUGCACCCACACCCAGCUCUCUCUCCGCUCGGUGCCCAUCUACACACCCCGCAACGCCGAAGACCGCAAGGACCUGCCGGACCUCGCGCCCGGCGCCAUGCUCAAAUGCGGGCACAUGGUCUGCCGGCCCUGCUGGGAGGACGUUGUGAAGAACCACAUCCGGGGACUGCUUUGGGCAAAUGAGUCCUACCCGCCGAUAAGGUGCCCGCUAUGCCGCCUCAAGCUGUAUCAUCCCGGGUGCGGGUGCCACAUCCCCGCGUAUCGAAUGCCGCGGAGCCUACAGGACCCGGAGGCGAGUUAUCAGUAUGUAUCGCGGUGGCCCUCAAGAGAAAACUACGACUAUGAAAUGGACCGGUGGAUGGUACAUGUGCCGACGACGCUGAACGAUACAAAUCCGCAGACGAGGCAUGAGCGUGAGAUCUCGCGAUACUGUCGCCAGUGCUCGAAAUAUCCGACAUACGGUUACCGUAGAGGUGGUGAGGUGCCCCUUUAUACCUUUCAAGUGGGAGACCUGAACCCAGACAAAGAUGAGUGA